UAAACAGAAUUGGCCAUUGCCAAAAAGUUGCACCAAGAAAAAUGAAGUUCCACUCAGUUUCUGCAACAUUUUUGUUGAUCACUCUCCUUUUGUCUUACCUUUCCGCUGCUUAUUCGUCUCAUGAUGACAUCUCCAAAAUGUUCGAAACAUGGACCAAACAGAAUGCCAAAACAUACGCAUCAGCUGAGGAGAAGUUGUACAGGCUCAAAGUGUUUGCGGACAACUUUGAAUUUGUUAACAACCAUAACACUCAGGGAAAAUCUUCCUACACCCUUUCUCUUAACGCCUUUGCUGAUCUCACCCACGACGAGUUUAAAGCAUCUCACAUGGGAAUUUCUACUGCUUCCGCCCCUCUCGAUCUUCUCGAGCACCGGUUACCAUUCCCUGAUAUUGUUGGCCAGGCUCCUUCGGCAGUUGACUGGAGAGCGGAAGGGGCUGUUACUGAGGUUCAAAAUCAAGGAGACUGCAAUUCUUGCUGGGUUUUCUCUGGCGUAGGAGCUAUUGAAGGCUUAAACAAGAUUGUGAAUGGAACUCUUGUUGACCUUUCUGAACAGGAGGUGGUUGAUUGUAAUGGUCUUGCCCCUGGUUGUGUGCCUGGAUACGUGGCCAAUACAUACAAGUUUGCGAUCAAGAACCAUGGGAUACUCCCGGAGAAUGAGUAUCCAUAUGAAGCUCGGGAAAUGAAAUGCCAAACGGACAAGUUAAAUAGAGGUGCGGGAACCAUAGAUGCAUAUAGUAAAGUGCCCUACGGAAAUGAGCGUUUGCUACUGAAAGUUGUUGCAAUUCAACCUGUAAGUGUGGCUAUAUGUGUAAAGGACAGAGUAUUUCAGUUGUACUCACAGGAUAUAUUUACGGGCCCGUGUUGCCUUACUGUAGAUCAUGCAGUACUGAUAGUAGGAUACGGGACAUCAAAAAAUGGUGUAGAUUAUUGGAUUGCAAAGAAUUCAUGGGGAAAACAGUGGGGAAUGGAUGGUUAUAUUCUGCUGAAGCGCAAUGUUGGUAGAAAAGGGCUUUGUGGUAUUAAUAUGUGGGCUACAUUUCCAAGAAAGAAGGGAUUUCAUCUACGUCUUCCCACAGAAUCUGCAAACUAUGACAUUCUCAAUGUCACAGCAAUGCAAACAACUACCAAGAAAAGCUACUGAUUUGGAAAGUUCAGCGGUUGAACUUGAAAUUAGUUUGUUGUACUGUGGAUUAUAUAAAUCCAUCUAAUUUAUUAUGAAUUUGGUCUAGUUUGUGUUUAAAAUUUAAAAGUUCUCGUGGCUCUAUGUCGCCACUAAAAGAGAGCUGAAUUAUAAUAAAUAAAUAUAAUAAAAGACUUAAAUAAUUAUAAA